AUGUCUGCGAGUUUUUCUCACAAGCUACCAGGAGAACACGUGUAUGACGGUUCCUUAUUUUUCGGCUUCAGUCCGCCCGACACAUUGGACGCUGUGAAAGAUUUCGAGGUGCGAGAUGAUGACAUUUUCAUUGUCACCUAUCCCAAGGCAGGCACCACGUGGAUGCAAGAACUUGUUUGGUUGGUGAUGAACGAUGGGAAUAUCGAAGCAGCCAAACAGAAACCAGUUUACUUUCGAUCAGCAUUUUUGGAAUUCAAAGAUGAGAUCCUCAACGAGAUUGGUAUAGAGCUAGCCAAUCCGAUGCCGUCUCCGCGAGUCCUCAAAUCACACCUGCAGGUGAAGUGGAUGCCUCGACAAAUACACCAGAAAAAUUGUAAGAUUGUGGUGAUGUUUAGAAACCCAAAAGACCUGUGUGUGUCCUACUACCAUUUCUACAAGAGCAGUUCGUCCCUGGGCAACUUCACCGGGGACUGGCCGGAGUUUCUGCGCAUGUUCUUGUGUGGACACGUGGAUCACGGAAGUUGGUUCGACUUUACACGGAGGGGGGGGAACAUGCGCAACAAUUAUAAUGUUAAAAUCGUCUUCUUUGAAUUUUUUUUAAGAUCCCUCUCCAAACCUCCUCCAAAAUAUAUUGGCUUUGCGUUUCUCAACAAGUCUCUGUCGCUGGACGUGGUUGAUCGAAUCACCAGACACUGCUCGUUCGAGAGCAUGAGACGCAAUCCCAUGACCAACCACGAUGACGUCUACUCCAUCAACGCCGACAUCUCGCCCCUCCUACGAAAAGGAACGGUUGGCGACUGGAAAAACUAUUUUACGGUGAACCAAAAUGAAGACUUUGACCGAAUUUACCAGGAACGGCUUGGAGACAUCGACAUACCGUUUGUGUAUCAGCUUUAAGUAGAAUCACAAUGCAGAUGUUCCCGGCCUGGGACUUAAUUCACUAAACUCUCGCAACUUUGCGAUAUCGCAGUGCAAUGCAAAACGACUUGCAAAGAGGAUGCUUUGUUGUCUAGCAGAGCCUAAGAUGGGAUGGGAACUCUAUUUACGUGCCCAUAUCCAAUGAAUGUUCAGGCACGCCGACCACGGAUCCAGCCUCUGACAUAGCCAGUGGGUGGUUCCGGGGCAGGAGGGAGAGCCUAAGAGACCUUUGUGAAUUAGGCCCCUGGGUGCUUAUAAACUUUUUAGAGUCUAGACUCGAGACUCCAAUA